AUGGAGCGCAAGGCAAUGGAAUGUCCAGAUGGCUCCAGGAUGAAUAAUACUGAGGGUGCACAAGACAUGGCAAGAAGUGGCCUAAAAGUUGACAAAUCCUUCAAACACCAGGCAUUUGUAGAAGCAGCAAAUGUCAUGAAUAGUAGGUUCCUUACUGCUUGCAUGGAUGCUGAUAAUGUGGAGAAUCAUAUGUGCACUUUGAAACAAAAAUAUCAAGAUAUUAAAAAGCAUUUGAACCUCAGUGGUGUUGGAUGGAAUGACACAGAAAAGAAGUUAGUGCUAGAAGAUGAGACCUAUCGUACAUAUGCGGAGGGACAACCAAAAACCAUGGAGUAUUUAAACAAGCCUAUACCAAUUUUUGAUAACCUAUGUUUGGUUGCUGGAGAUGAUCAUGCUACUGGUGAUUAUGCACGGACCAUCUUUGAUGAAUUUGGUGGUACGCCUAGUGAGAAUGAGAGUGCACCUCCAUCUAAUGCACUAUUAGACUGUGAACCUAUGGAUACAGGAAAUCAAAGACAUGAAGCACUAAGGUCUUCUAGGAGUAAGAUCAUUGCUAGGCUACCCGUGGAACAAGGACCAAUGGUGAAAAUGGUUUAG